CAAGGGUUUUCUGUGCUACGAUAUUAUUAAUAUUUUAACGAAUACCUACAUAAAAAGUUUAAUUUGGUUUUCCGAUAUUUUUCGAACAAAAUUAUUGUUCAUAACAUCCAAAUAUGUACAAUCCUUUUCGCAAACAAAUUUGACAAUAGCGAGAGAUUCAGAAAAACAACAAACAGUCCAGUCAACAACGAUGGCUCUUUCGAUGUGGUACAAAUACUCGGCUUUGAACCAAAUUUCCACCAACAUUGUACGACAUUUUUCACUUUCGUCUGUGAAUCGUCUCAAAGAGAUCAAAGAGGUUAAAGCGAACGACACGCUUGUAAUCAAAGGAGAAUACGUCCCAUCGCCCCGGCAAGAUACGCUGAUCCCACAGCUGAUCGAGGCGCGCCAGAAAGGUGAACGGUUUUGUCCUCAAUGCACCCUUGGGCUGGACAUCAAGCACACCGACGUGCUCAUCCUUAGUCAGUACGUGCGAACCGACGGAUGCAUGUUGCCACGCCGGGUUACAGGAUUAUGUAAGCGUCAACAACGACGUAUGGGUGCGCUGGUAACGAUGGCGCAGAAGGCGGGCCUCAUGCCAAACCUUAAUCCGGCGACAAGCAAAAAGGAUCCCAAACUGCGGUAUCAGUGGAAGAAGUUCAACAAAUAUUUCGAUGAAGAAACUAUUAAAUGUUAAUACACUUACGGCAUAAAGUAGUGCAUUUGUGAAACACUUUCACAGUUGAAUGUAUAA